AGCGUCCACAUGUCGACGCCGAAUGCGCAAGGCGUCAUUGAUUCAUUCCGUUCAUCAUCAUCCCAGUGGUUCUCAGACCCUCUGGGUCUAAGAGCUGAACUCCAGUAUGUUCUUCAAUAUACUAAUUCUGUGCGCAACAUGUGCUUGGGCAUAUGUGGAAAAGGAUGACAUCCUCCCUGAGCUGUUUCUGGAGCAGUUAGCCGAUCGAAUACAGAGGGAAAACGAUAUAUCCUAUCUGGAUAUCACCAACCCCAACUCUCUCGGACCUCGUUCUCUGGAAGAGGAACGGUAUGAUCCUUUGGAUUACGAUUUGGGGGACGCCCCACUUCAUCCAAGUAUCAGGGAUCAAGAGUACCUGAAGCAUAGCAGCCUCUGGAGUUCGAAGUAUGCCCUGGAAGAUACUGCAGGGGAUGAUGAUAUUCAGAAGCAACAUUCGGCCCAAUUCGCAACUACCACAAAACCCAAAAACACCCUGCCAGCCUAUUGCAAUCCCCCCAAUCCUUGUCCAGUUGGAUUUGGUGGCGAAGAAGGCUGUAUGGAAGAUUUCGAGAACACAGCUGCUUUCAGUAGACGCUUUCAGGAGGUACAAGACUGCAUGUGUGACGCAGAGCACAUGUUCGACUGUCCAGAUAACAGCGAUCCUUUCCUCGACAAUUCUAUGGAUGAGUUCAGUGAUUUCGAAUUCAAUCAUUUCGUGAGACAACAAAUGCAGGAUAACUCAUUGAAUCCAUUCCUAUUCGGUGAACGACUUCCAGUUGCUGCUAAAAAAGGCAACCGAGUGCAGUAAAUUGAAAUAUGAAAAUUAUUAGUUAGUUUAAUUCAGAAGAAUAUAUUGAAUAUGAUUAUAUCCGGCAACGACCUGGCUAUGAACAAGGACCACGAGCAUUCUACCCUGUUUGUAAUCCCUACAGUUGAAAAGAAUAUUUCCAGUAAGGGUUAUAAAGAGUUAUAUAGCUUUAAGUGUUUAUUACUAGUUAUUAUAAGAGAAAGGCCCCAUAAUUAAGGAAAGAUGCUCAGUAUUCUCUUACAAAAUGGAGCUAUUACUGAUUAACCGAUUGCGACAAAGUUAGAUUUAAAUAGAUCAACAUUCCGCAUGAACGUUCUUCGUAAAAUGCACUCUUCUUCUCGAGUAUUUUCAUGUGGAACCUUUGGUCGGAGCAUAUCAAUUAAGACAACGGGGUAUUUUGGAAAUAAGCGACGGCCCUAUUGGUAUUUAUCAGAUGAGCCAUGCUGAAUUUAUGUCUUCAGAAGCAGUUUGGAGCCAGAGAUUGACCCAGCCCAUCUGAAGAAAACCAGUUCGGGAAUUUGCAGAAUACCUCCAAUACUGCUAGGUCAGUAAAUGAAACAUACAGAAUUUGUAAAUGAAUGUCCCCAACUGUAAGAACAUGUAAACUUACAUAUAAUUUCUGCAAAGUCUUAUUACUCUCUAAAAUGGAUAAAACAUUAUAAUGAAGUGCCAGAACAUCGUGGUAUAAUGAUAUGAACAAUCUAAAUGUAUAGGUGUUUAAUACUUAUAAUUAGUGUUUAAUAUGAAUAAUCAUUUAAUGUUAACUGCUUCAAAGUCUAUCUCAUAAAAGCAAACAGUUUUUCUCUCUGAUCUGAUCUGCUCUUAGUUCGAUGUCUAAUAAAAUGUAUUCUCUUCAUGUGAA